AUGCCCCUCACCACCCAUCAGGCCUCUCUCCCUCUGGGAACGAGCGUGGCAGUGGCAGCGGUGGUGGGGGGUGCAGCAGCAGCGUCCGCCUGCCUCUGGUUCUACUCCUCGCGAUACGUGGGGGAGCUGGCUCUGAUCAAGGCACCUGCUGCUCCUGGGGAUGAGGAUGAGGAUGGGGAUAGGGAGGGACAUGGGCAGCAGUGGAGGGUGUGUAUCAGCACGCUUGACUUCUGGGGCAACCGAGAGAACCUCAUUCUGCCUCUCAGUGCCCUGGUGCCGCCACUCAAGGGUUUAUCCCAGCAGCACAUGAAGGCCAUUGCACACCACAGCUUUGUGCUGCUAGAUGGUGAGUGGCAGAGAGAGACCGAGUUCCUUUCCCUCCCAUGCCUACCCUCCCUCCCAUGCCUACCCUCCCUCCCAUGCCUACCCUCCCUCCCACACCUAACCUCCCUCCCUCUCCUGCUGCUUUGUGACGUCUACACAACCCACCAUUCCCCCUCCCCCCUUCUCCUUCCCUCUUUCCUCCCCCCACCUCCUCUUCCCCUCUUCCUGCACCCCAUCCCCUUUGCUCGUGUUCCAGUGCCCUCCCAUCGGCAUGCCCUCUCAUCGGCAGUUCCUGGUGAGCAUAAGGCACGGCCGCAUCCCCAACCUCCCGCUGCUGCUGGCAGUGCUUAA